AUGAUUCACCUACAUUCUUCACUCCAGCACAAGUUCAUCAUCGUUGCUACUAAUUUCUUCACUAAGUGGGUGGAAGCUAAGCCUUUGAAGGAGGCCUCCGGUGCCACCAUUCACCAAUUCAUCUUUCGCAAUAUUAUUUGCAGGUUUGGCAUCCCGGAGGUUUUGGUAUCUGACAGGGGGGCAGCGUUCAUGGGUGGUGAUGUAGAGAAGCUCGUCAAUGAUUAUGGCAUCCAGUUUGUCCAUAGCACGCCUUAUUAUGCUCAAUCUAAUGGUCAAGCAGAGGCCAGUAACAAGAUUAUCAUUACUCUAUUGAAAAAGCUACUUGUGGAGAACCCUCACCAGUGGCACGAAACAUUGUAUGAGACAUUAUGGGCUUAUCGCACUUCUAAGCGGAACCUUACUACCACAACCCCUGAAGCGUUAAUGUUUGGCCACGAUGCGGUUCUCCCUUUGGAAGUGAAUGUUCAGUCCCUGCGCAUUCAAGACCAGAAUCACUUGAUCAGUGAAGAUUAUGUCUAA